UAGACGGAGCCUCGCUUGCCGCAGCUUUCCUCCUGGACGCCUGGGCUGAGGACACGAUGUCGGGCUCCUACCGCCGACUGCUCUGGGCCGCCACCUGCCUCGCCGCGCUCUGCGUGUCGGCCGCGCAGACUAACAGCAGCAACGUGACCGACACGCCGACCACCACCAGCAAAGUGGUCCCGACGACGCUCACGCCCACCAAGCCGCCAGAAACGUGUGACAGCUUCAGCAACUGUGUUUCCUGUAUUAAUGCUGCCAUUACUAAUAAUCUGACCUGCGUUUGGAUAGAAUGCAAAGAAGCAAAUAGGACCUAUUGUUCAAGUGAAACAGAAACGAAUUGUACCCGGGUGAACCGCACUGACCAGUGUUCUGUGCCUCCUCCUACCACUCCAGUGCCAACCAAUUCUACAGCUAAACCCACAACUCGGCCUUCCUCUCCUACACCUACUCCCUCAGUUGUCACAUCAGCAGGUACAGCAAAUACCACUCUGACUCCAACCUCACAGCCCGAGCGGAAGUCUACCUUUGAUGCAGCCAGCUUCAUUGGAGGAAUCGUCCUUGUCUUGGGUGUACAGGCUGUAAUUUUCUUUCUCUAUAAAUUCUGCAAAUCUAAAGAACGAAAUUACCAUACUCUGUAAACAGACCCAUUAAAUUAAUGUGGACUGGCGGUUAACUUGUGUAACUCACUGAAACCAAAAUAUUCAAGAAGUCCCACAUGGAAGGCGCUGUUCCAGGAUCUUUUCAUUUCCAGAGGAUUCAUACAGGAUAUUUUGGAGCAUCAUCCUUGAAGAAAAGUCAGUUAAACUAUUUUGCUCAACAGGAAUAUUUAAAAUAUUCUGCAUGAAUCCGUGUGGCUGUCGUCUUUUGUUUAAAAUGGCUGCUGCUGUGGGACUGUGUUCUUUUCCUCUGACAUGCCAAAUGUAACUUCCUGUGAGUUAUGGAAAGUGCUGUCCUGUUCAGGCAGCUUCUGACUCUGCAGUUUAAAUGUAGUCCCCUAGAAUCCUAAAGUCUGUUACUUUCAUCCUAACUCCAGAUGUAACUUAGUGGCCAGAAUCGAGAAGAGUGCCAAAUGGCCAGACAGGUUGAGGGCCAUCACUUUAAAUAUAGGUUAAAUUUAUUUAGUACUAAACUAUCCCUAGAGUAAAAUUUUGUGCUUGAUAAGUUGUAUUUUAUAUAUUAGAAAUAAGAUGCCACAUGGCAUCCCAGAUUUAGAAUAAAGAAAGGAUAUGCAACAGGUCUUGUUCACACUCAUAAAGUAUACCGUAUUAAGAAAUCAGAACAGUGCCUUAAGACAGACCAAGACGGCGGCGAACAGAAAAUGUGUUCACACUGUGGGAGGCAAAGCUUGGUCUGAGAAUGUAACUGUCAGUGUGAGCAGCAGAAACCUGCUACUGGAUAACAUACUAUUAAUACUUAAACAUUGUUUUCUCCAGAGCUGAGAAAUAGAAGCUAAAGAAUAAUUAAAGCUGAAAGGCUUCCUUAUAUCAAACCAUCUAAUGUUUUUCUUAGGGCUGCUGAAUAGACAUAAAAUCAAUUUAUCUUUCUGUACACAAAGUAUCCAAAUAUUAUUAUACCUUAAGGAUUCCUGUCAGGUUUUCCUGAGAAGUAGCUUUUACAUGAGGCAAGAAGGAAGUAGCUGUGGAUGGAAUCAUUUUCUAGUUCUUUAAAUGAGACAAUCACUUUGUUUCUAAUAGGUGUGACCUGUGUAAUUUAGAAGCCCUGAGGGUUUGAAAGAGAUUGCUCUAGAUUUCCAGUGGUGAUGCCCUGCCGUCUCUUUCUUUGGCCUUCUUUUACCCCUCCUUGGUCUCAGUUCCCGUGUGCUGUAAUCAUGCUUACUUUCACUUCAGUAGCUUCUGAAAAGCACUCAGUGUUGGAGUUCUCCCUUGCCUCUGACAGACUGCACUAGUCUAGAGGCUGUAAUUGGAAAUAGGCUUUUGGUUUCCUACGUCAUUCAAGUUUUUUUGCUUUUGUUUCUUUAGAGUAACCGGUUAGCACUUGGUUCCCAGGGUUUAGCUUACGAAUGGCAGAUGGAGGCAGGUUGGUUCAUAAAGCGAAACUAAGAGAGUUUCUAUUUCUUUUGUCACUUGCCGGUACAGCUAAAGUUGUUUUACUUGCACAUUUGUACAUAUAUCUAAUGUUUUCAAGUGCCUUACUCGUUUAAACUCUGGCUUCAAAGGUUUGGGGGGAAAGAUAGGUUUACCUCACAGUUGUGUUUCCAUUGUAAUUUCUAGGUUCCUCACAAAAAUCUAUUUCAAUGCUGUGGCUGUUAGUUUUAAGUGAGUGCUAACGUUCUUUUGAAAGUAGACAAUUUCCAUUCCUUACAAAGGUGGCAGAGUUGGUUUAAUGUCCUUUACCUCCAUGUGACCCCUUGCCCAUAUAAAUGUCAGCAUAUGUAGCAAGUUUUACGAGAAUGUAAUUUCAUUUGAAGCUCCUGUAAUUUUGAGCGCUGCUCUAACGUUGUAGGAAGUUAGUGACACUUUGCAAGUCUCUACGUAAGCUCUUACCACAAAAUUCCCAGCUACCCUGACUCUUAUCCAUCUUUGUUUUGCAAGGUAGUAUUUUGAGCCAUUAAUGAUUUUGGGUUUUUUAAUCCAGAAGGUAUAUAGAAACCUUUUCAGAGUUUUCAUCUGAUUGUCCUGAGGAUCUAGUUCUAUCAGAUACCUUACUUACCUUUGCUAUACUUGCUGCACAAGCAGACACUGCUGUACUUAGAAAUUUCUAUUUGAGUUCAUAAAAAACUACAAAACUAAUAUGUAUGUGUACCAAACUGAGUUAAAAUAAAUGUUUAUUAGUCUCUUGA